UUCCCGAAGAGGAACGGACCUUACCUCGUGAAUGUGCCUGUUCCGUACUCUCCUGACCGGUAAAUCGCUAGCCGCUCCUGCGAUGUCCAGGUCAAUGACACGGUGUGUCGAGUGGCUGAUAGCCCUGAGCAAAUCAUCACGCAGCAACGUGCCAUCGAGGUCUCACAUGCUGCAACUGCGUCUAGUUCUGCAGCGGUGCAAAACUUGCUUCCCCCGGGAAUCAUCUCAUUAUAUCUCUCUGUCCUCAAAAAUGGCCUAAAACACUUGUCCCGCCACACCGCCCCCGGUUCUUAAAUCCCUAUUAUUGCUUCUUGUUUGCUUGCGUUUUCUCUGUCUAGGGUUCUGCUGAGGUUAGAUUUUUUUGUUUGUUUUCUUUCGCUGCCUGCCUUUCGUUAAUGAGACGUUUUUAUGAUUCUUCAGCAUUCCGGGUGCUUUUGUAAAGUGCAGGUUAAAAGUGUAAUGCUGUUAGUGCAACAAAUGCUCUCUUCCUUUCUGCUAGUGCCCGAGGGGAGCAAAACUGGAACGUUUCCCAGCGUGUCCCUCUCGCCCUGCCGCGCUAAUAAUCCCUAGGCAGGCUCUUGUUGGAGACACUCGAGCUGAAGCCCCUUGCCGCCGCGUUUGUUUCCGGUGUUUGCCGGGAAGCAGACCAUGCUGUGUAGGAAGGGGGUGGCCAGGAGGGGAAAGGCGAGACCCAAGCUAGAUCCCUGCCCUUCCCCAAGCGGCGGGGUGUCUGGCCGCACUUUGAACCCCGGGGAGGGCGGAGGGAGGGAUGGAGGAGGCGGCUGGCUCUCUGCCCGGCUGUGGCACUCCGGCUGAGACGGGACAGCCUCCACACCGUCCCUCGCUCCGCUCCGUGUGGGGCAGAGGGUGGGAGCCUGUGGGGCAGGAUGAGGCAUCUGCUCUGGGCUGGCUGCAGCCGGCUGCUGCCCCGGGAAGCCGGGCUCCAUGCUCACAAGCGGUCUGUGGCUGCUGCAGCGACCACCCCGCGCCGCAGCCCGUGGCCCACGGCUCUUCUGGCCGCCUCCAGCUCCUCGCCCGGUGCAUCCAUGGGGCUCCUCCAGCACCCGGCCCCAGGGCACGGGGCCCCUUGCCGCCGGGGCUCGCAGUUCAACGUGCCCCCCAGUGCCCAGUUUGUGGCCCGGCCCGUGGGGGUCUGCUCCAUGAUGAAACUGCCUGUUCAGGCGUCGGCAGAGGGGCUGGACGCAGCUUUCGUCGGCGUUCCUCUAGACAUGGGCACGUCCAACCGGCCGGGAGCCAGGUUUGGCCCACGCCAGAUCCGAGCUGAGUCGGCGAUGAUGAGGAGGUACAACGCCAGCACCGGGGCAGCGCCUUUCGACUCCCUGCAGGUGGCUGACAUUGGGGACGUGAACGUGAACCUCUACAACCUGCCCGACAGCUGCCGCCUCAUCCGAGAGUCCUACCAGAAGAUUGUGGCCUCUGGCUGCGUGCCCCUCACCUUGGGUGGAGAUCACACCAUAACGUACCCCAUCCUGCAGGCCAUGGCAGAAAAGCAUGGUCCCGUGGGGCUGGUGCAUGUGGAUGCUCACACCGACACCGGAGACAGAGCCCUGGGGGAGAAGAUCUACCACGGGACCCCGUUCCGGCGCUGCGUGGAGGAAGGGCUGCUCGACUGUGGCCGCGUGGUCCAGAUCGGCAUCUGAGGCUCCUCCUAUGACCCGGAUCCUUACCAGUACUGCCGGGACCAGGGAUUCCGGGUGGUCCCGGCUGAAGAGUGCUGGAUGAAGUCCCUGGUGCCACUGAUGGGCGAGGUGAGGAAGCAGAUGGGGGACAAGGCGGUGUACAUCAGUUUCGAUAUCGAUGGACUAGACCCCGCAUACGCCCCGGGCACUGGGACACCAGAGAUAGCUGGGCUCACGCCUGCGCAGGCUUUGGAGAUUAUCCGUGGCUGCAAAGGCCUGAACAUAGUGGGAUGUGACCUCGUAGAAGUUGCACCAAUGUACGAUGUCUCCGGUAACACAGCCCUCCUGGGGGCAAACCUGCUGUUUGAGAUGCUGUGCGUUCUCCCCGGAGUGAAGACAAAGUGAGGGCAGCUCCCACCUCAGCUGGGGCUUUCUGCGUCCCGUUCCCAUCUGCCGGCUGCAGGGAACGUGGACUUCGCAGUAAGGAAUAAAUGCCAUUUACCACUAGAAGAGGUAAUUUUUAAGCUGAUAAACUGUAGGUAGCAGAUGGGUUUGAAGAGCCCAUUUAACUGGUGUCUGUAGCUUUUGAGUUUGCCAGGGAAAGGAAAAGAUGAGGCUGAUGGUGUUUCACAGCUGGAAUUACUCACCGGGCUGACAGCAAAACUGUGACUGGUAAAAGGUUUCUCCCAUUAAGAGGCAGCAGCAGGACAAUGAACGUAAAGGGAGGGCAGUCGAAGGUGGCCUGGGGCUCGUUCUGAGCGUAGGGGCAUAUCUAACUGAAUGUCCCGCUGGGCAUAACCGUAGGCAUCUCUCCUAAGGCAGGAGCGGUUUAAUCGCUCCUGGAAUUUCUGAGCUGAGGCGAAGUUAGUUUGUACGUGGAAACACGGAGCCACCUCAUCGCACAUUAAAAUAGUUUAUUUUGGUUGCGAAUCUGUCAUCAUCUUAAAACAAAAUGACAUCAGUGCCUGUUCACAAAUACAAAAAAAAA